AAAUUCUUGAAACUGAGGGAGGGUGAAUGAGAUACUGGACUAGUACCAGGCGGAGUUAGGAAUAAGAGCGUGGUGCAAGGGGGAAAGCAAAUCGAGAUGAGAGAUGGGGCUUUUAUAGGACAAUUCAGAGACCAGAAAAGCUCAAAGGAGAAGAGAGUAAGGAUGUAAGAAGUGCUGGCUCUCUGGGGCAGGGUAGCUGGGGAAUUGUGUUAAUUGAAGAGGUUUGUCAAGAUCCCAGCUAAAAACAGGUGAAGAGGCAGGGCUAAAAGCAGUGAUGGGAGUUGCUAGGAAGAGAUGGGCCCCCAGGAACGAAAGGUUGAAAUGGGAAGGAGGGGAAGAGAGUAGGGAGCUAUGGGUGUCCUGGUGAAUGUGAAACUGAGGUAGAUUGCACAGGGGAGGAAUUAAAUGUGCAUGUUUUGGGGAGAUGCUCCAGAAGGUUUGUCUGGGUUAGGGCACACAGGCUGUAGUGAGGGAUCAAGUGCAGGGGGCCUUUGGUGCAGAAGAGGAGGAACCAUGAUUCUUUGGAUGGGAAGAGACCUUGAAAAGACCGCUAGCUUAUCCUGCAACUUCAGUCAAUAUCCCACUUAAAUCAUCCCAGGUAAUAGAGAAGAAGAAACCUAAUCAGUAACUGGAAUAAUAUGGAAGAGGAUGGAAAAAACUUGUUUAAUGGGUUGAAAGAGUGGAGACUUCUAUAAGACAUGGAUAGAUGCAAACAUGUAGGGCGGUUGCGGCUCGCCCAGGACCACUCCAUCCUGAACCCUCAGAAGUGGUGCUGCAGGGAGUGCUCAACCACCGAGUCGGUGUGGGCUUGUCUCAAGUGCUCCCACGUGGCCUGCGGCCGCUACAUUGAAGAUCACGCCCUUAAACACUUUGAAGAGACUGGACACCCGCUCGCCAUGGAGGUCCGGGAUCUCUACGUGUUCUGUUACCUGUGCAAAGACUACGUGCUCAAUGAUAACCCCGAGGGAGACCUGAAGCUGCUGAGAAGCUCCCUCCUGGCUGUCAGGGGCCACAAGCAGAACCCGCCGGUGAGGCGGGGGCGGACGCUGCGGUCCAUGGCAUCGGGCGAGGACACGGUCCCGCCACGACGCGCUCCUCAGGGACAGCCGCAGAUGCUCACGGCGCUAUGGUACCGGCGCCAGCGCCUACUGGCCAAGACGCUGAGGCUCUGGUUCGAGAAGAGCUCCCGGGGCCAGGCUAAGCUGGCGCAGCGGCGGCAGGAGGAGGCGCUGCAGCGCAAGAAGGAGGAGGCACGGCAGCGGCGGCGCGAGGUGAAGCGGCGGCUGCUGGAGGAGCUGGCCAGCGCCCCUCCGCGCAAGAGUGCGCGCUUGCUGCUCCACGCGCCCCGCAGCGCGGCCCCGCGCCCCGCCUCGCCGCCCGGGCCCGCUGGGGCCCGCCUCAAGCAGAGGCGCGCGCCCGCUGUGGCCCCGGGCGUCACGGGCCUGCGCAACCUGGGCAACACCUGCUACAUGAACUCCAUCCUCCAGGUGCUCAGCCAUCUCCAGAAGUUCCGAGAGUGUUUUCUGAACCUCGACCCUUCCCAGACGGAACAACUGUUUUCCAAAGCCACCAAUGGGAAGGCCCCGCUUGCUGGCAGGCCCGCCAGCAGCUCUGCCACCGAGCUGUCGGCCAGGAGCGACAGGGGUGGGUCCUGCGGGCGGGAGGGCCUCUGCUUGAACGGGGGCACAUCCAUCAGCAGGAGCCUAGAACUCAUCCAGAACAAGGAGCCAAGCUCGAAGCACAUUUCCCUCUGUCACGAGCUGCACACCCUCUUUCGAGUCAUGUGGUCCGGGAAGUGGGCCCUGGUGUCACCCUUUGCCAUGCUUCACUCCGUGUGGAGUCUGAUCCCCGCCUUCCGUGGCUACGACCAGCAGGACGCACAGGAAUUUCUCUGCGAACUGUUGCACAAAGUGCAGCAGGAACUCGAGUCUGAGGGUACCACCCACCGCAUCCUCAUCCCCUUCUCCCAGAGAAAGCUCACCAAACAGGUCUUAAAGGUGGUGAAUACCAUAUUUCAUGGGCAGUUACUGAGUCAGGUCACAUGUGUAUCAUGCAAUUACAAAUCCAAUACUAUUGAGCCCUUUUGGGAUCUGUCCCUGGAAUUCCCUGAACGCUAUCAUUGCAUAGAAAAGGGGUUUGUCCCUUUGAAUCAGACAGAGUGCCUGCUCACCGAGAUGCUGGCCAAGUUCACAGAGACGGAGGCCCUGGAAGGGAGAAUCUACGCAUGUGACCAGUGUAACAGCAAACGACGAAAAUCCAAUCCAAAACCCCUUGUUCUGAGUGAAGCUAGAAAGCAGUUAAUGAUCUACAGACUACCUCAGGUUCUCCGACUGCACCUUAAAAGAUUCAGGUGGUCUGGCCGUAAUCAUCGAGAGAAGAUUGGGGUCCAUGUCGUCUUUGACCAGGUAUUAACCAUGGAACCUUACUGCUGCAGGGACAUGCUCUCCUCUCUUGACAAAGAGACCUUUGCCUAUGAUCUCUCCGCAGUGGUCAUGCAUCACGGGAAAGGGUUUGGCUCAGGACACUACACAGCCUAUUGCUACAACACAGAGGGAGGUUUUUGGGUUCACUGCAAUGACUCAAAGCUGAAUGUGUGCAGUGUCGAGGAAGUGUGCAAAACUCAAGCCUACAUCCUUUUUUACACUCAAAGAACAGUUCAGGGCAAUGCAAGAAUCUCAGAAACCCAACUUCAAGCUCAGGUGCAACCUAGCCACAGCAAUGAGGGCAGACCACGGACCUACCCAUGAAUGGGAGACAAUUGUCAAGAACUGGCUUGCUUUUAAACUAUUGUGUCUGUACAUGUUUCCUGGUAUAGGAAAUAAGGUUUACUGCAGUAACAGAUUACUAGGUUUGCCUUGGUGGGUCUAGAACAGAAGGUACCAGGUGACUCAUAUCCUAUCAUAAAAUUUGUGACUUACUUUUGAAUGAAUUUGAAAAUUCCCUCCUUUGAUAAAACAAAUCAAAUGGAGUAACUUCUAUGAAGGUUCUUUCAUUAGUUGCUUCUAAACCUGGAGGGAUCUGAGUGGGGGAGGGGGUAAAUUGAUAACAUCCAGCCAGGUGUGCAGCCGUGUUUUCUUUCCAUUUAUAUGAGUCACCUACUAAUUGGGACUUCUUUGCAGCGGUAGCAGAACCCUCCUGAUUUGAGCAGCUCAGGACAGAGCAUGUGAGGAGGGACCCUGGAUUGGCAACUUGCUGGUUAAAGGUGGUUCCAAGGUGGUUGAUAAAGGCUAAGGAUUUAUUCCUACAAAGGAAGUAACCCUCAAGAGUUGAAAACUUGCAGACUUCCUUUUCCAGAGGAUAGGGUUGAAGAGGGGAGUGAGAUGCAUGGAGCAAAGUUCCCCAUGCAAAAUGGGAGUUUUUUCACAUGUCAUAACUCUCCUUGGCUACUACUGUUACUUAAUCACUCCAAAUCUUCUGAGACUGGCACGAACAUCCCUUUGUUCUAAAGGAGGAACAGUUCAUAUGGGGACAUAUACUUUGUGCAUGCUGAACCUAAGGGCACUGCUGACUACCCAAUUCUUUAGUACGUUCCUAGGUCAGGUCUACGGCAAGCACAUGAUUUGCCUUAAAUGGUCAUUAGGUCAGUUGUCUGAGGCUUGAAGGUGGGGCGGGUGGGCCAGGAUAGUGGGUGGUCCAACGCUUAUCUGAAUGCCUAUCACCCUUCUCACCUUGGUUCCGCAUGUUACAGCUUUUUUCUGCUCCUGGAGAGCUGAACUUUCUUAUUUAUGCAAGAUUUAGAGUUUUUGCUUUCCUGGAGCCUGGAAGUUGUUUAGGAAUAUGCCCCACCAGUUUCUUGCUGAUGGCCCUGGCCUAUUUCCUCCCAAAUAUGAUAAUUCCUGCUGUUUCUUUAUCCACCCACACUCAGGCCAUCAGAGAAAAAAGCAAGAGUGCCCUGUUCUUUACUCAAGGCUAUAAAAUGUACCUUUCUUUGUAAACUGGGUCAGUUUUCUAAGUGGGAUGAAACUACCCAGAUAGAAACUCUCCUCCAUGGAAUUGCCCUACUCAACCCCUUUCAAUCCUUCUCUUAGACUUGCAGUGUAAUGCAGACCAUAACUCAUUGUGGGGUUGUGGCAGCCUGUCUCAGCCCAUCACUUUGAAUGCUCAUCUUUUGACUGAGCUUACCAUAUUAUAUUUCAAUUCAGGUAGAAAUACAGUUGUCACUUGAAGGGAGUAGAUGUGGAAGGGAGUUUGGGGAGGGGUGGGAAGUUGGGAAAAGAGCGGCUAAAGUGGCUGAAAAAUGAGGAACGUAGCUUUAGUGAUGUUGUUGAGCCACAUUUCCUGAGGAGAGCUGCAGCAUUUGCUGUUAACCUCUUUUGAGAUGAACUCUCCACAGGACUGCCAGACAGCACUGAGACCUGGAGGAAAUUCAGACAGAAAAUGGCUUACCCUGACAGGAGUGGGGGAGUGACUAUAUUUUAAAUUAAACUUGCUUUUUCCAACACUGUGAGGUUUCUGUAAUAUUUAGCUUUUAUUUGGAAGCGAUAGUGUAUGGCAUUUUUUAUGCUGUUUGGUUUAUAUUGUCUACUGCAGGCUUCUUUAUACAAGUGUGGCCCGGGCUCACCGUCUCCUGGACACUGUUUUAAAGUGUCACAGCUGUUGCCCAUGCUGCCAGAGGCUCUGAUGUGAGGCUCUAUUCUCUAGAUCCGCAUUUUUAUGUUGGCAUUUUAUGUUGGUGAUGACUUUUUUUGUGGCAAUAGAAAAGCCCGUGAAUUAAUAACAAAAAAAUAAGGAGAGUAAAAAAGAAAAGGUGAAGGUGGGGCGGGGGGGGGGAGUGUGCUUCAUCUUUCAGUGAGUGCUGUAUUUAUUAUUCUAGAAAAAAGAGAACUUACAAGUGGAGAACUAAUAGAGCAUCUACUUCAUCCCUCCAGCUGUCUGGGUGAAACCCUUAAAAAUGGACAUUAAUGGAAAAUUAGAAUAUCUUCAAAUUUAAUUUUUAAAAAUAGUUUUAUACCAAACAUUAUAAGGAUUAUUAAGCAGACUUUGUAAGAUAAAUGCUUAACUUAGCUGAGCAUCCAUGGAUCAAAUUAAUGAAAUCAUUCAAAGUGAGUUGGAAGAGAAGCCAGUGCUAGCGCCCUCCCUGAGUAGCACACUCACGAAGGUGCCCCUGCGGUCCCAGACACCUCAGGAACCAGAGGUAGCGGCACUGAAUGCUCUUGAGGAUUUAGUACUUAACGGAGAUUUUAUUACAAUUCCCUACUGCAUAAGCCAAUGGCUGUUUUGAGGGACAUUCCCCUUGCCUUUAAUUUAUAUACAUUCCAAGUACAAGUUCCUUAGUUGCAUCUUACUUUAAAUUGAAACAUUCUAAGAAGAAAGUAAGAACCAGAUAGAAGCUGACUAGAUGCUGCCAAAUCAAAGCCCAGAUCUCGUCACUGAAGCUUGUGGGCCUCUUUCUCUCCCAGAUUAGUUAGGUCCUACUCCAGGAACCCUUCAUAGUUGGCUGGUGUGUUUACUUUCUACUCUAGCCAGCCAAGAUGAAUGCACCCUGGCUCUCAAAAAGGGUGUUUUACCUCAAACUAGCUUAACCCUCAUACUUGUGGUUGGCUCUGAGAUGAGCAUCCAUGCUAGUGUGAAAAACAUUAGGAAAGCCCUUAAUAGCCAGGAACAGAAGCUCUUAUUAAAUGGUAGGCAGAGCUCUUGCCAGCUUUGAUCCAGCCCCUCAGGCUGAGGGUGGGCAGUGCCACAUUAUAAAGAAUUUCCAGAUGUCUCUUAAAAUGUCAUGAAUAAAAUUGGAAACUGUAGAAGUUUAAUGUGUCCUAUGGACUCAAUAUCAGAGUUUAUUUUUCUUUUUACUAGCAAGGCUUCUAGAGUAAUGAUUGUGUGAGUUCCCUAUUUAGCUGUGCUUACAGUGCCAUCCAAGUGCAAGAACUAAUGUGUUGAUUGACUGGCAGUGGAGCAUGGCCCCUAGCCAGGCCCCAGUGUAAGCCUGAGGUUGACAGUAGUGCAGAAUGAAAACUUGGUAAUGGGGGGAGGGUGGGGGUGGGAUGCGGGUAGGCAGGCAAAGGAGGAAGAAAUGGAGUUUGUUUUACUUGCCAAUAAAGCUUUGUGAACUAAUUUUAUACAAUUCAUAACAUUUGGUGCCUUGUACCCAAUUAUGGUUUGCAUGGGAUUGAAGAUUAAGGGAAGGACUCCUUGUCAUGUCAAGUGGCAGACAAGUCUGUACAGUGUAGAGGAUUGGUAUCAGACUUUUUAAAAGCAUUUCGUAUCUCUUGUGUGUGAAAGCAAAUUAACUUACCAGCAAGUUCUGAAAUUUUACUGUAAUGUCCAGAAUCUUUGUGAUUAUUCAUCAAAUGGCUGCUUUUCAAGGCAGACUAUGCAUCCCAUUCUAUUCACCACCCCUUUAUGUUACAGACAUUAACUAACCUAGGCCUUUUCCAAUCAGGCUGGAAGGGCUCUCUCUUCCUAAACGUAGACUAAAUCCUAGUCCGGAGCUGUAAUUUGAGUGGAAGGAUUGCUUUUCCAGCUGGAUGGGUGAGCACAGACGUUCAGAAAAGGCAUUUUAAUUUUUCUAAUGCUGGGCAAUUUAUGGUAGAAGUCAAAAAUGGUUCCUGCUGAAGUAGUUAGUAUUCAUUAGUUCUUUUGCACAAAAUUUCAGGAAGUGGUGUAGAACACAAUCCCCUAUAUGUGAACCUUUAGAUUGUAAGGCAAGCCAGUGCACUGUGUAAUAUGAAAAAGAGAAGGCUCCAAAAACAUGUCCCAGCCCCCCAGACCUUUCCCUGGCAGGUGCUGACUGGGAUGGUGCUGAGCAGCUGUGGAAGGGGCUGCAACCCAGUCUGCUCACCUGCAGGGCUGUUUACAGCAUGUUCCUUUACUCAAACCUUAACUGUUUCCACUGAGCUCAUGAGACUUCACCAAAGGGUAUUUUAAAAACUCACCACUGAAGCACACUUGAUAAUUGGGUCCUCAAGCCUAAUUAGGUGAGGAGGUUGUAUCUUUGGAAUAAAACCUCCCAUGUCCACUUAGUUUUUACCAGUAAGUAUGCAUCUCCCUGGUGGUUCAGAUUCUUUUUUGAAGUCAGCACCAAAGCUGAAAAGAAAAGCGCCUUCUAAAUAUGACUGUGAGUUUAGUUUGUCUUCCACAUUUAAAUUAACCAUUCUCUUGGUCUCUGACUUUUGACAACUGUGUACUUGUUCAACCCACAUACUGCUCUAAAUACAUCAUAGUUUUCUACAGCAUUGAGGCACAUGGUCAUUUUUGUGGGCUCCUUUCAUUCCUACUUCUGCUGCCACAUUCCCAUUUAAAAUGUAAAUAGACCAUGUAAGAGAUCGUCAUAGCAUUACAUGGUCAUUAGCCAUGGCUCAAACUGCAUGACAGGUGUAAAACCAACUUCAGGAGAAUGUUAUGUGUUUAAAUGGUGAAAGCCAGCCUUUCAUUUACAGAAUGAUUAUUCAUCAGAAUUUUUGGAAACUGUAGACUUGGUAGCUGUAUUUGCAAUUCUUACCACUUUGAGAAAUCAAGCCAACUUUACCUUACCUGCACUAUGGCUUUAUAAACCACUAGAAAACAUUAUUACUUAAAGCUAAAAAUUAAAUUUUGAGUGAAAUUUGAAUUAUGCUUUUGGAAGCUACCAGUCUUAAUUUCUGUUGGGUUCUGGUUUUAAACUUGGAAAAUUUUUAUCAAACAGGCCUGUUCACAAUUGAGUACAUUCAGGGAGGUGCUGGUAUUUGUCGUAGCAUCAUUGUGAUGCAGGUCUGAAGGGACUUAGAAUCUGAUUCCCUUCUGGUCACCAUUGGUGGGAGGAGGGGUGGUGAUGACUUCACCUAAGCCUUGCUCUCAUGUGUAUAACCCUUCCCCCUCCAAACACCCAAUAAGAUAUAAACCUGUGCAUUUGUGAUCGCAGGGGACAUUCUUAGAGUCUCUGCUUCGUGACAGGCCAGACAGUGGCCUGAAUUCGGAGUCCUUCCUCCUACCAAAUAGGGAAUAUCUGAUUAAAACUCACAAGAGAAUGGUGCUUUUUUGGGGGAAAAAAAAAAAAAAUUUUAAAAAUCUAAUUCCCAAACAGCUUUCUUAUACCUGCAGGGUCAAAAAAGGACUAUUUUGUCCUACUACCUUCAGUGAAUAGAUUGCUAGAUAUAACAGCUGUCAGCCGUAACAAUUAUGCAUUUGUAUUGACCCGCCCUUUCCUAUUCAUGUCCUUUUAUCAUUCCAUACCAGUUCUAUAGGAGACUUGGCAUAGAAAAGCAGUAUUUAAAAAUGCUUAACAGAGUAAGUAAGCCAGAGAAAUUUGCCAAGAGGGACCUCUUUAUAUCUGCACAUCUUUCUUAAGCCUACCUAAAUGAAUGUUUCCAUGUCAGUUCCUACAUAUUCCAUUUCCAAAGAGUCAGAAAGCAUCUGUUAGUUCAUGAAGGAAGCAGCUUCCUCAAGCAGUGUCACUUUAGUGCCCAUCACCCAGGCUUACUCACACACCUUGCCUCUACCUGCACAUAACUGCCCUCUUUCUCCUAACAAGUCCACUCUAUUACAUCAACCAUUGCCUCUCUAGUGCCUGGAAAAUCCACCUGGUGCACUAAUAUGCUAUGCAACACCACAAAUGGCUUCUUCCCUAAUACUGCUCAAAAAUGGAAACUCAAGAAUAAGCUUCAUCCUAUGUUAACAUCAACGUAUGGUGAUUACAGUUUCUCCUUUUUUUCUUUUAAUAUAAAGCAAACCACUCCUGUUACAAUCCAUGUUUGGGGCUUGUUCCUGUCUCUUUUGAUUGUGAAAUCUAAAUCAUGUUUUUAUGAUUUUUGUAAAUCUUUUUACACCUUGUUUUUGUAAGCUGAAGUUUCUUAUUAAAAAAAUAAAACGGCUGUCU